GUCAGCCCUUGCGCGGGGCGGUGGCGGCAGAGACAUGUCGGUGGCGUUCGUGCCGGAGCGUCUGCGCGGGAAGGUGGAGGUGAACCAGCAGACGUUGCAGUGGCUGCUGGAGGAGAACGACCAGCUGAUCCGGUGCAUCGUGGAGUACCAGAGCAAGGGCCGGGCCACCGAAUGCGUGCAGUACCAGCAUAUCCUGCACAGAAACCUCAUUUACUUAGCUACAAUUGCUGAUGCAGCACCACCCAUCAGAAGACCAUAGACUGACUGCACAUACCUGGACACGAGCAGCAAUGCUUUAACCAUCUCUAGAACUACUUAAGAGUCUUGCUUUGUGAGCUGAGGUGUGGUUUUGACAGACAGGUAAAAAGUCAUCUAUGCGUUUAUGUUGAAAAUGUGAAUGUAACUUUUCAUGUAAUAUUAGGCUAGCUUCUUUCCUCUUGCUGUAAGCAGAACUUAAG